AGCAGCAGCAGCAGCAGCAGCAGCAGCGAUGCUUUGCCGAAUGCACCUCGCACCUUUUGCCUCCAGCUCCCUGGCCACCCGGCUCGGCACAGUGAGGACCCUCUGGCCGCACGCAGAGACCAUCUUCACUGAGCUGCAGCAGGAGAUGGAGAAAGCUCGGGAGUUCAUGAGCAGCUUCGAGCAGCUCCUGAGCAGCCAAGGAGCCACCGCCAUGGAGCGAGCCCCGGGCGCCAGCACAGCCCUGACCCAGGGCUCCGGGGAGGGCUUCUCCAUCUGCCAGGACGUCAAGAACUUUGCUCCCGAGCAGCUGUCGGUGAAGGUGGUGGGCAGGAAGGUGGUGCUGGUGGGGCAGAAGGAGACGCAGAACGUCGAUGAGAAGGGCUCCUUCUCCUACAAGUACGAGGUGCUGAAGCGGGAGUGGGACGUGCCCGAGGAGGUGGAUGCCGAGGCGCUGACAUGCUCCCUGUCCAAGGAGGGGCAGCUCCGCAUCGAGGCCCCCAAGCUGGCCCUGCCGGCCGCCCCGGAGAGGAACGUGCCCAUCCAGGUCAGCCCUGCAGCACCACAGCCCAAGCCAGCCUCCGAGGAUGGAGCCACCAGCAAAGCCCAGGUGUAACAGGAGGGGAACCGAUGGCCCACGGCAGGACCGG